AACUAUAAAAGUAACUGCUUGUCAGCUUAGUAAUCACAGUUGACUUCUCCACCAACCGAGCGACUAGCAAGCAAAUCGUGUGCGUGCGUUCAAUAGACGUGUGAAAGAGUUCGCAAAUAAAUCACUUUAAUCCUCCGCAACGCCUUCAUAUCCAGACAUGAAAUAUCUGAUCGUACUUAGUUUGAUCGCAGCCGCCACCGCUGCCCCUGGAUUAUUGGGUUUGGGCCAUGGAUCAUAUGCAGCACCAGCGCUGAGCUUAGGGAGCUUAGGUCAUGGACCAGCUAUAAGUUAUGCCGCUCCCGCUGUUAGCAUUGCUCAGUCCGCCCCAUCCAUUAGUUACGCAGCGCCAUCCAUCAGCCUUGCUGCAGCACCCGUAGUAUCUGCACCUGCUGUAGUAUCCGCACCUACUGUAGUAUCCGCACCUGCUGUAGUUGCCGCACCGACCAUCGUGAAAGCAGCCCCAGCCGCCACCAGCUACUCUACCUUCAGUCAAGUUAUUCAGCAUUCCGCUCCAGCUGUCGUUAAGGUCGCCGCCGCCGCACCAGUAGCCGUAGCCGCCCCAGCCAUCUCGUAUGCCGCACCGGCACCAGCUAUUUCGUACGCCGCAGCCGCCCCAGCCAUUUCUUAUGCCGCAACUGCUCCAGCCAUCUCGUACUCUGCACCCGCCAUUAAAUUAGCCGCCCCCUCGAUCUCCUACGCUGCAGCUGCCCCAUCCAUCGUGAAGUAUGCUGCUCCAGCCAUCAGCUACGGAGGCGGUCUCAGUUUAGGUCACGGCUACCAUUAAAUGAGUUACAAACGAUGUGCAGCCAAAACGAAAAGGAUACUAUAGCAAGAACCCGAAGCCGAGACCACAUCACGAUCACGUGGUGUAGUGGAAAAGAAGGAUAAAUGCAAAACGCAUUGAUAUUUAAUAAAAAAUUAAUCUAACAGCCACAUAAGUUGCAUGAUCGCGUGCUCCAA